UGAACGAAUGCCAAUCCGACACAUAAGACAUUGUGCGAUAAGAGAUGAGCACUAAUUACUGAGAGAGCAGUGCUUUUGAACACAAGUUUUAAAAAAUUCAUGACUUGUUGUAUGCAUUGAAAUGUUUGGUUGGCUUUAAUGUUAACGCAAACACUAGCGCUAAACGAGCCGUUAAUUAAGCAUCAAAUUAAUGCUCAAUAUAUAAGUAUUAACACAAUUAAGGCCAACACCGCUGUCAUGGAUAAGAAGCUAAUGGUAUACGCGUUGGGAAUAUUUGUCACGUAUUUCUACUUCGGUAUACUUCAGGAGAAAAUAACUCGUAGCAAAUACGGCGACAAUAAGGAGACAUUCAAAUGUACGAUAAGUCUAGUGUUCAUCCAAUGUCUGGUCAACGCAUUGUUCGCCAAAUUAAUGGUCGGCAAGUCAUGCAAACCGAUUCCUGUGAUGAUUUUGGGAGUCCUUUUUGGCCGAAAACGAUAUCCCAUUUUGAAGUAUUUGUUUGUGUUUAUGAUUGUCGUCGGCGUCGGGCUCUUCAUGUUUAAGGACAACGCCGGCCGCUCGAGCGCCGCGUCGGCCACCGCUUUGGGCACCGGAGAGCUAUUACUUAUACUGUCUCUGGCAAUGGAUGGACUGACCGGUGCUUUUCAGGAGCGAAUGAAGAAUGAAUAUAAGACCCAAUCCGGACACAUGAUGUUACAAAUGAACAUUUGGUCGACUCUCACACUCGGUCUUAUUCUCUUGAUUUUUGGCGAAAUCUGGACAUUCAUUGAGUUUGUCGGCCGCUAUCCUUACGUUAUAUACGAUAUAAUCUCAUUUUCAGUGCUCAGUGCUGUCGGACAGAUGUUUAUAUUCCUGAUUGUGGCCAACUUCGGACCCCUUCCCUGCUCUAUAACGACGACUACCCGAAAAUUCUUUACUGUUUUGGGUUCUGUUAUUCUCUUCGGUAACUCCCUGUCCAACAGGCAAUGGUUGGGAACCGCUUUCGUGUUCCUCGGGUUGGCUUUGGAUAGUUUUUACGGCAAAACUAGUGUAAAGGCUAAACCCGUUAAAUGACAUGAAUUAGUAUAAUAUUUAUUAAAUUAUUUAUUUUCAAUUUAAUAUAAUAACAGAAUAUAUGACAAAAAUAAAUCUCUAAAACCCCUGUAAACCGGU